UCAGUGAUAGAAACGUCAAAAGUAGUUUCAAGCUGGUCAUUUUUCAUUACGAACUGUUGCAAAAAAUCAUUCUUUUUUCUUGGUCACCUCUAGAUAAUUGGGACUGUCAUCGGCUAGACAGUUUUGACUGUUUAUGUGUUUUUCAGUGAUAACAUAUUUUUCGUGAGAUAUAGGGACGAUUUGUCAGUAUUCUCUUAUCAGUUUGAAGUCGUCCAGUGUUACUUAUCGCAUUCUCAGCGGCCAACAAUGUGUUUGGAUAGGCCCUGUAGGGUGUCGCUUGUUGCAUCUGAACCAAUUUUGACAUCUGGCUGUACUUUCGGAACCGGAGUCUGAGGCGUAUGCUAGCUGCAGUAAUAAAUAAAUUUUGCGCUGGAUCAACGAAGGAAAACACCAAACAUGUCGUUCGAAUAUCAGCUGCUGCAGCAGCAAGACUCGUCCGAGCGCACACAGGCCCUACCUGGGGCGCGUCGAAAGACAAAUCCCAAAGUGGUAACCAACAAUUUACGGUUUUCGUUCCUGUGUCUGCUAGUUAGCGCAUCGCUGCUGAUUUUCUUAUUCCUCACUUACACCGAUUCAUUCCACCCAAUUGUUGACAGCAUUGCCGGGCAGCUAGGUUAUCAUGAGAAAAUCUACACCGUCGUGGUGGACGCCGGUUCGACGGGCAGUCGUGUACUGGCCUUCGAAUUUCAUCGAGGCUAUCUUGAUGGACGAUUGGUGCUCGAUUUUGAACUGUUCAGACACUCAAAACCUGGACUGUCGGCAUUUGCAGAUAGGCCCGAGGAAGGGGCAGCUACCAUCGAGAAGCUGCUCCAGGAAGCAAAAGAUGUCAUUCCUAUGAAUAAAUGGAAAGACACACCCCUCGUGCUGAAAGCAACGGCUGGAUUAAGACUGCUCAAGCCAGAACAGGCUGAAGGACUGCUACAGGCAUGUAAAGAUUUGUUCAAAAAGUCAGGUUUUCUGGCAAACGAACAAUCGGUGGAAAUCAUGGACGGAACUGAUGAAGGAAUAUUCUCAUGGUUUACGCUAAAUUUCUUGCUGGGGAAGCUAAACGGACGGAACACGGUGGCAGCGUUAGAUUUAGGAGGUGGGAGCACACAAGUAACAUUUGCUCCAAAGGAUGUAUCACAGACGCCAUUGUACAAAGAUUAUAUGCAUAAUGUUCCUACUUUCAACUCACACGUGGAAGUUUUCACAACAAGCUACCUGGGAGCAGGAUUGAUGGCCGUAAGGCAUGCUACGUUUAUAAAUGGAGCUCCUGAGGGCAAAAUGAACCUGUCUAGUGAAUGCGUAAAUCCUAUUGUCAAGAAUAAGCUGUUCCGCUACGGGACGGACCAAUAUUACAUUAGUGGUAAGGAAAAUCCUAGUGCUACGACAGGAGAUCCCAAAGUGGAUUACGAUUUGUGUGCGUCCAUCAUUAGGAAGAAGUUACUGCCCACGUUGAGGCCCAAGCCUGUAACGUUAAAGCAACAUGAAAUUGCUGCGUUUAGCUAUUUUUUUGAUCGAGCCAUUGAGACUGGAUUAGUUGAUCCAUUCCAAGGUGGAGAGACAACGGUACAUGAAUUCAUUAUGCGAUCUCGUGAAGUAUGUGCGGAGGCUAACGUUGAGCAGCCAUUUAUGUGUUUGGAUCUGACGUUUAUCUCGAUUCUUUUGGAGGAAGGCUAUGACUUAAAACCGAAGACUCCGCUGAAACUGUACAAGAAAAUUAACGGACACGAAAUAUCAUGGGCACUAGGUUGUGCCUACAACAUCCUGACCAGCAACAAAAGCUCACAGCUGUAAAUGUGAGAAAAUAUUGUACUCAAACAACGAUACAAUCAGUAAACAAAAACCACCAAUGAAUAGGGAAAAGAUUUCUUUUUAUAUUUUUUCACAAAUAUACAGAAAUACACAACAGAAAGGACAGAACUAUUUUACGAUAAAAGAAGUUUUUUGAUAGAUAGUAAUACAGUUAUUACAUUUUUGCGCCAUUAUAUACUGAAACAGCUAUUAGGUUGGAUUCUUCUGUAUUAAUUUAGUUUCCACAGAAUUAUUGAUCUUCAGAAAACAAGUAAUCAGAUAAUUUAAAUGUUAAACCAAAAUGUGCCUUAAAACAAACACCUACAUGUACGUGGCAGAUGUAUAUUUUAAUUGUUGUAGCAUGACAUCGAAGAAAUAGUUUAAAAUUAGAUGAUUAUUACCAAACAGUAGUUUUCAGCAGCACGCAUGAAAGUUUUAGUGAGUAAAUCGUAUCAUAGUGCGUGAUUUUUUUUUUACCUAGACGACAUUGUAAAAGCACAUUCCCCUAGAGCAAACAUCCUUUGAAAUUGUUCUUAUAAGUGUUGUGAUCCAUUUUAGAAGCACCAUCACCUACAUAUGUAAUUGACCGAGUGCAGCAUUGACGUAUUGUGGCAGGAACGUCACGGUGUAAAUUGCUAUCGAACAGGUAUUUGUAGAACGUAGAAUAAAUUCGUUCCAUCCAGCAAACG